UUUUUUUUUUUCCCUUCUCUCAACGGAUAUGAGUGAUGUUUGACGAGUGAUGAGUCUGAUGACCGACAAAAGCUUGGGAUCAACUCUCAAAAGCCAACCAAAGUGCUUUGCUACAACCCACCCCCAAAAAUAUUGUACAAAAGUAAAUAUAGCCGUUCACUCUCUCUCUCUCUACCUCUCUGCUCUGCUUCUGCUUUCUCUCUCCCUCUUUCUGAAUAUGUGAGUAACCAAAAGCUUCACAAAUCGGCUCUAAAUUUCUAACCAACUCCCAAAAGUCUCAUACAUGGCUUCUUCGGGUUUUCUCGGACUGUCGCUUAUCCACAUUGCCUUACUUUUGAGCUUCUGUUUUGCUGAAGAUCCCUUCGUUCACUUUGAUUUUGAGGUCUCCUACAUCACUGCUUCUCCUCUGGGUGUUCCCCAGCAGGUUAUUGCUAUAAAUGGAAAGUUCCCCGGUCCUGUAGUUAAUGCCACUACUAACAACAAUGUCGUAGUUAAUGUACGGAACAAAUUGGAUGAGAAUCUCCUCAUUACCUGGUCAGGGAUUCAACAGCGGCGUAGCUCAUGGCAAGAUGGUGUUCUGGGCACAAAUUGUCCGAUUCCACCAAAAUGGAAUUGGACCUACCAGUUUCAGGUCAAGGAUCAGAUUGGGAGCUUCUUUUACUUCCCGUCUCUCAAUUUUCAGAGAGCAGCAGGCGGGUAUGGCGGUUUUAUAAACAACCGAGCUAUAAUUCCGAUUCCUUUCGCCACCCCAGAUGGGGAUAUCACCAUUAUGAUUGGUGAUUGGUACACCAAGAAUCACACGGAUCUGAGGAAGACCCUUAACGGAGGAAAAGAACUUGGUAUGCCAAAUGGGGUUCUCAUUAAUGGGAAAGGCCCUUAUAGAUAUAACACUACGCUUGUCCCUGAGGGCAUUGACUAUGAAACAAUUGAUGUCCAGCCAGGCAAGACUUAUCGUAUUCGAGUACACAAUGUUGGAGUAUCGACUAGUUUGAAUUUCAGGAUCCAGAAUCAUAAUCUGCUUUUAGCAGAGACAGAGGGAUCAUACACAGUGCAACAGAAUUAUACUAGCUUAGAUAUUCAUGUUGGGCAAUCUUAUUCAUUUUUGGUAACCAUGGAUCAGAAUGCAAGUACUGAUUACUACAUUGUAGCUAGCGCUAGGUUUGUGAAUGAGUCACUUUGGAAACGGGUUACUGGUGUUGCCAUUUUGCGUUAUUCAAAUUCCAAAGGAAAGGCAUCUGGUCCCCUUCCAGACCCACCAAACGAUGAAUUCGACAAAACAUUCUCAAUGAACCAAGCUAGAUCCAUCAGGUGGAAUGUAUCUGCUAGUGGUGCUCGUCCUAACCCACAGGGAUCUUUUAGGUAUGGCUCAAUCAAUGUGACUGAUGUUUAUGUGUUGAAAAACAAGCCACCUGUGACGAUCGAUGGGAAAAUGAGGACAACACUCAGUGGGAUAUCAUUUGUUAAUCCCACCACACCAAUCAGGCUUGCAGAUCAGUUCAAGGUGAAGGGAGUAUAUAAGCUUGAUUUCCCCAAAACCCCACUUACUGGAUCACCUCGGAUGGAAACAUCUGUAAUUAAUGGUACAUAUAGGGGAUUUAUGGAAGUAAUACUACAGAACAAUGACACCAAGAUGCAGAGCUAUCACAUGAAUGGAUAUGCAUUUUUCGUUGUUGGGAUGGAUUAUGGUGAGUGGACUGAGAAUAGCAGGGGCACGUAUAAUAAAUGGGAUGGAAUUGCCCGCUCCACUACACAGGUUUUCCCUGGUGCAUGGACGGCAAUCUUAAUCUCUCUCGACAAUGUUGGAGUUUGGAACCUGAGAGCAGAAAAUCUUGACUCAUGGCAUCUUGGCCAAGAAACAUAUGUCAGGGUUGUCAAUCCAGAGGCUACAAACAAGACUGAGUUGCCCAUGCCAGAUAAUGCCCUUUUUUGCGGUGCCCUGAGCAAAAUGCAGAAGCCACAAGACAUCACUUCUUCAACCACAUCAAUCAGUGGCAGUAAAUUAAGUAUUUUCUUCACUCUGUUGAUGAUCUAUGCUGCAAUCUCCACUUUCCACUAAACCUCUUCACCUUAAGUUGCUUGAGGGGAGCCAUGCUUGCUUAGUGAGGUUUGUGAUUGUGAGUGUUAGGUGUGUAAUAAUUCUAGUCUUGUUGAUAUGAAUGUUCGAUGAUUUUGGUAUUUAUUUUUUUAUUUCACGAUGUCUAAUGUGCUCCCUGGGUUGUUGGGAUUUAUCAUUCUUUUAUUACCUCCAAACUUUAUGUACUGAUGACAAUUCAUCAAUUUUCAAUACAAUUAACUUCCCAUGUGUUAGUUUAGUCUGUUUUAAAUAA